GUUAAAGUGGGCUUCGUUGUUGUGAAUAAGUAUGGCAGUCGUUCAAAGAAAAAGGGACGGAGGUCCUAACAUUAAAUUUUACGAGUCCCCAGAAACAAUUCAACAGUUUGAUGGCGUGCGUCAAUGGCUGCACAAAAAUUGCAAAAAGUACACACAGGCAGAGCCACCGACGAACAAGGGUCUGGCAAGCCUGGUGAUUCAAUUAAUACAGUUUCAAGAGGAUGCUUUUGGGAAAAGUGUCAGCAAGCCACCUUUGACGAGAUUGCCUAUGAAAUGUUUUAUUGAUUUCAAGCCCGGUGGUUCUCUGUGUCACAUUCUUGCUGCAGUGUACAAAUUUAAGAGCGAACAAGGAUGGCGCAGGUUCGACUUCCAGUCACCUUCAAGAAUGGAUCGGAAUGUGGAAAUGUUUAUGACCGUGGAAAAAACACUUGUGCAGAACAAAUGUCUUUCCCUUCCACACAUAUAUGUCUCACCAGAAGUGGAAAAACAGGUAAUGUCUCGACUGAAGGACAUUAUCAAAAGGCAUCAGGGAACAAUAGCGGAGUCACCAGAUGAUGCUACGCACAUUGUUUACCCACCCAUGCCAUCCACAGAUACGUCAGAGGAAUAUGUGCGUUUGGUUGUGAAGCGAGAAAGGAGCGCUCUUAUCCACUGGUGGUAUUUUCCCGACAGUUUCGACACUUGGGUGAAUGGACUAGAGGUUGACAUGGAACCCGAUUCUCCUCAAACUCACACUGGCCCUUAUGAGGUUAAUGCAAAAUGGCUGGUUGAUCUUGAUGAAUACAAUGAGUGGAUGAAUGAAGAGGAUUAUGAGGUUGAAACGGAUGCCAUGGGCCGCCGAAGGUCACCCAGGGGAAAGUACACCCUGGAAGAGCUGCUCUCUGGUGAAGGAGAGAAGCGAGACCGGAAGGGCGUGAAGAAACGAAAGCGGUCUCCAUCUCCCCUUCUAGACAAGAGGAAGCGCAAGGGGGGUCGUAGCCCGGCGAUUGGAAAGAAGCGAUCAUUCCGUGACGAUGAAUCUGACAACCUGACCAAGGACAUGGAGGAGCCUUCCCCCGAACCCAGUGUGCAAGAGAUCUCUCUGCCAAAAGGAAACCCUAAUCAGCGUAGCAGCAAGGACAGUGAAUUACAGCCUGUGAAAGGCGGGACCCUCAUGGAUCUGGAUAGUAAUGACCAGGAUGAAAAAACAGAAAAAGAGAAGGCAUCAAGACCAAGCACUCCAAAUGGAAUUGGUCGAAGUGACAAAACAGACGCUCAAGACGAUAAUGUGACGGAGCAAGCCAAUCACAUCAUCAUCCCAAGCUAUGCUGCUUGGUUCGAUUACAACAGUAUUCAUGCCAUAGAAAGGAGGGCGCUACCAGAGUUCUUCAAUGCUAAGAACAAAUCAAAAACUCCCGAAGUGUACAUAGCCUACCGCAACUUCAUGAUCGACACCUACCGGUUGAACCCCACGGAAUACCUGACAGUGACCGCUUGCCGCCGUAAUCUAGCUGGUGACGUCUGUGCUAUUAUGAGGGUGCAUGCAUUUCUGGAGCAGUGGGGGCUAGUAAACUAUCAGGUGGAUGCUGACAGCCGACCUACUCCAAUGGGCCCUCCUUCCACAUCUCAUUUCCAUGUCUUGGCUGAUACUCCUUCAGGCUUGCAACCUCUCAACCCUCCAAGGACUCAACAGCCUUCAGCGGCCCAGCAAAUGCUGAACCUGGAUAAGGCCAAGGAGGUACCAGAAGGCAAGGUUGAAGAAGGAGCAAAGGCCACGAUAGGAGAUAUGCUGGGUCUCAAGAUGGAUCAAUAUGCCAAGAAGAACGCCUACAUGAAGAACAAGGCAGCUGCUACAGUGUCUCGUGAGUGGCAGGAGCAAGAAACAUUGUUGCUGUUAGAAGCCCUAGAAAUGUACAAGGAUGACUGGAACAAGGUCUGUGAGCACGUGGGCAGCAGAACUCAGGAUGAAUGCAUCCUUCACUUCCUGCGUCUGCCCAUAGAAGAUCCUUAUCUGGAUGAUCCUGGUACUGGAGGAGGAGCCCUAGGACCUCUAGCAUAUCAGCCCAUCCCAUUCUCUAAAGCUGGCAACCCAAUUAUGUCAACUGUGGCUUUCCUCGCUUCUGUCGUUGAUCCAAGGGUGGCAUCUUCAGCUGCUAAAGCUGCUAUGGAGGAAUUUGCCAAGAUCAAGGAUGAAGUGCCAUCUGCUCUCCUGGAUGCACAUAUAAAGAAUGUGGAGACUGCUGCAGCUGAGGGUAACAUGAACCCGAAGGCGGGACUUGGUAUGACUGGGAUUGCUGGUACUACAGAAAAGGAAAACGCUGAAGAUGAGGAAUCUGAGAAAGUAGAAGAAGGUAAAGAAAGCACAGAAGCACCCCUUUCUGCAGAAGUUAAGGUGGAGAAACCUAGCAACUCUGAGGAGAACUCAGCUGCCUCCAUGGACACUGCACCUGGAGCUGCAACAGAGCAGACGGAAGACAAGAAUAAGACCAAGUCUGAGGAUGGGGUCAGGGAAGGGGAUGCAGAAGCAAUGGAGACAGAUGAUCCCAAGGCUCCAGAGACAGAUAGAGAUCGGCUAGUCAAGGAUGCCCAGCUCUCUACUGCAGCUGCUGCAGCUCUUGGAGCUGCAGCUGUCAAAGCCAAGCACCUUGCUGCAGUUGAAGAAAGGAAGAUCAAGUCACUGGUAGCCCUUCUUGUUGAAACUCAAAUGAAGAAGCUAGAAAUUAAGUUGAGACACUUUGAGGAACUGGAAGCAAUAAUGGACAGGGAGCGAGAAACUCUUGAGUACCAGCGGCAGCAACUGAUACAGGAGCGGCAACAAUUCCAUUUGGAACAGCUGAGGGCAGCUGAGUUCCGUGCCCGACAACAAGCACAUGCUAUGAUGAUGGCACAGCAAGGGGGCCAGCAGCAUCCACAGGGAGGAGGGACUCAGGGGUCCCACCCCACUGGGGGCUCAGAAGAUGCAGGUCAGGCCCGGCAGCCCCCACGAGGCCCCCCAUACUACCCUCCCAAUCCCUACGCUCAGCAUGGUGGCAUGCCUAGCCGUCCCCCCUUUGCGGCUGCCUAUGUUCCCAUGAGUGGGGGGGGCGGUGGAUUCCCAUCUGCCACAGCAACUCCUCCUGCAGGAGCCGAAGGGGGAUUCCGUCCCCCCCAGAAUCCCCCACAGAUGGCUUCUGCAAUGCCUAGCCAGCAUGCUGCAGCAGGACUUCCUGCAAUGAAUGGAGGACUGGCCAUGUCUUCGGCACCCUCCAACCCUGCCACAGUGGAGCAGCAACCACCGCACAACCCAUGUCCACCAAAUGCCACUCCUGGUCCUGCAGAAUGUGAGCCACCGGCUUCCACAGCCAUAGAACAUGGCCAAGCUCCUCCUGCUCCUAUUCAAGCUGCUGCACCAACACCACCAGGAAUGGGAUGCCAGUAGCUCCAGCUGGCUGAGGUCACUGUUCUGCUCCAGCAGCAAAGUCACCAGUUCAUGUCCAUAUUGACUCAUCCUCCAUUUUGUGUAAAUUGUUUCAUCUUCAGCUGUGUGUCCACAGUGGCGACCCCCUGCAGCAUGCCAUUGCACCGUUUUUCUAACAUAUUCAUAAUAACUUUGUUAGCAUUAUUGUUGUCACUAUACUUCCUCUCUGGUGACUUUUGGCGUAAAUUCUACACAGAGUUCUUUUCAUGUCAUAUCAUAAUUGGUGUACUGUUGUAUUAAUAAAGUAUUGUGCAACA